CGCUCACGUGACCCAGGGCUUCAGAGGACACCUGUGAUUGGGCGUCCCCCGCCCACCAAGCAUGGCGGCUUCCGAUUGGCUGCGAGCCGCCGGGCGGGGGGUCAGCGCCCGGCCCGGUUGCUCGUUGCUAGGGGCGGCGGAUGGCGGCGGUGGCGGCGGCUCCUCCAUGGAGACGGGGCUAAGCGGGGACCCUGCAGCCGGCGGCCGGGACGCGGGGACUCCCCCUAGCGGAGCGAGGAGCCUUCGAUGGGGGGAGGCCCAGUCCUCGGGGUAACCCGCUGACCCCCUCCCCUCACCCAGGCCUCAGCACCCCGCACCGGGCGCUGCCUGCGCGCCGCCCCCCCCUCCCCUCAGCCCUGCGCCCCCUUCCCGCUUGCCCCCCUCAGCCCCUGCAUCGCCCCCUCCCGCCUGGCCGCCCCCUUCCCUCUCCGCCAGCCCCUUUGUGCUCCCCGUCCUGUCCCCAUCUAGCCCCUCUCGUCCCGGUCGCGCCUCGCUCCGCCCCACCUCCGUCCCCUCCCUCAUCCCCUCGGUUCCUGCCUCCUGCCUGUCCCUCGGCACCCCGGGGGAUACCGGCCUCGCCCUGAAACCGAGCCCCGCUCCCCCCCUUCACCUGCACGCCACCCCGUCCCCCCAGCCGCCGAGGCAGCCCCCCCCCUCCGCCCCCCCCGCCGGUCCCGCUCGCAGCAGGCGGCAGCCCGGCCCCUUUGGGACGGGGAGAAGCGAGGUGGGAGGGGGGGGUCUCUGCUCGGAGGGGCGCGGGGGCAGAUCCCGACUGUGAACAUCAAAGAGCAAACCAGAGCCGUCCCCUUCACAAAUUACAGUUUCCAUCUCCUAAAGAAGAGGAUGCAAAGCAAAGCCCUGUCAUGUGCAUCACAGCUCCUCAUGCGGGGAAGGGAAGCCUUUGGAGCUUGUUCACCUUUUCCAUACUUUUUCUUAGCGAGCUAGAUGAGGAAAAUCUAUCCCGUUUCUGUUUCUCUUUUUGCUUUUCCAGAAAAAGGGGGAGAGAGAGAGAGGCUCGUAUUGAAGCCAACCAGCUGCGCUUCUGAGUGGGAAACUCUGGACUGAUCUCAUGGCUUGCUUUUUAUUUCAUUAAUACUUCAUUAUCUCUGAAAAUGAACCUUUUGUGAAGCUCUUCUCCUAACUCUCCUUAUUCCUCUUUCACGAGGUGGCUGCUGUGCAAGGGAAGAAAUGGCACGAAGUAAAUGACUCCAGUAUAAAGCAAUCUGCUUUGCCAAAGUGCCCAGUGAGCACUGUCACUUUAAUAAUUCCAGGUCAAGGGAUUGCUUUCCUCAUUUUCAAUCCUCUCUUUUAAUACAUGGGAGGAUCAGAGGGACAUUAAAGACCGUAAGGCUGGGUGGCUUGCAGAUAAUAAAUAUGAAAGUGACUGGCCAGUGACUUCUGUUGGGUAAGAGGGUGAUAUCUGAACGCUGUUGUCUGGUGAGGAAAAAGGGACCUUUUCAGUCUGCUCUGUAGUCAUCUAAUACAUAGCUAGCAAAAUUCAUUCAAGAAGUGAAAGAAGUUAAAGAGUCACUUUGGAUUGGUUUUGUCUUCCUCCUUAUUUGGAUUAUUUGGGCAGUUUUGUCCUGCAAAUAGUAUGUUUUUGAGCAUGUACAGGUGGAAUAUUAAGACAGCUGCCUAGAGAUGGACUGUGCCUUAAUUGUAUUACACAAAAUAUUUUAAUUUUCAAACUUUGCUGCCAGAAGAGGAGUUAUAAUAAGGUUUUAUAUUGCCAAGGAACAUUUCUCUUGUAUUUUUAUAGAUUCAAAUAUAUUUUAAAGAAAUUGAGAACAUCUUUUAAAAAAAUCAAAAAGCUUUUUUUUUCCCCCCUUUUUUUUUCCUCUCUCAUUUGUGGGAAGCAUCGGAAGGCCAAUACAAGAAAACAGCAAGUAUUGAUAGAAAUGAAGAUUGAAGCUGCAUUUCUUAACUGAACUGUAAAAGUGUUUUGCAAUAGAUAGCCAGUUCCUGACCUCGCAAAGUUCCAGUAGUACAUCGUUAAUACCUGUAAAUAAGUGCUUGCAACCAGAUUCGGAAGUAGGAAGAAGAAUGCCAGUCAAGAAGAAAGAUACUGACCGAGCUUUAGUGCUGCUGGAAGAAUACUGUAAAAAACUAAGGAAGCCGGAAGAACAACAACUGAAAAAAGCCAUCAGGAAGGUGAUGGGCAUCUUUAAGAGCAGCUUGUUUCAGGCACUUCUAGAUAUUCAAGAAUUUUAUGAAGUGACACUGUUAAAUUCCCAGAAAAGCUAUGAGCAAAAAAUAGAAGAAGCAAAUCAAGUUGCAGAGAAAUGGGAGAAGACAACAUCUGCUACAGACCAUGAAAAUCUGCAGAAAAACCAAGAGUCUGCAGCUUCCAAUGGAUCAGAAGGAUCUGGACGAGGCGGUGAACACAAUAAAGAGAACCAGACUUUGGAAAAUUAUGUGGUAGACAUGAAGACAAAGAAAGGCCAAGAGGAAGAAAAUCCCACAGGUAGAGGCCUUCAGCUGGGACCUUUUCCUGAAAUGGAAUGGACUAAUGCACAGAAAUAUCGUUAUCAAGAUGAGGAUGCUCCACAUGACCAUACCUUGCCUCGAUUAACCCAUGAAGUGAGAGGCCCUGAGCUUGUUCAUGUGUCAGAGAAGAACUUGUCUCAAAUAGAGAAUGUUCAUGGAUAUGUCUUACAGUCACACAUUUCUCCUUUGAAGGCAAGCCCUGCCCCUAUAAUUGUCAACACAGACACCUUGGACACAAUCCCUUAUGUCAAUGGAACAGAAAUUGAAUAUGAAUUUGAAGAAAUUACUUUGGAGAGGGGGAAUUCUGGCCUGGGGUUCAGUAUUGCUGGAGGAACAGACAACCCACACAUUGGGGAUGAUCCUGGGAUAUUCAUUACUAAGAUUAUACCAGGAGGAGCUGCAGCAGAGGAUGGAAGACUCAGGGUCAACGAUUGUAUCUUGCGAGUGAAUGAGGUCGACGUGUCAGAAGUGUCACAUAGCAAAGCCGUGGAGGCCCUAAAAGAGGCUGGCUCCAUAGUACGACUGUAUGUUCGUCGAAGGAGACCUAUUCUGGAGACUGUGGUAGAGAUCAAGUUGUUCAAAGGACCUAAAGGUCUGGGAUUCAGUAUUGCAGGAGGAGUUGGAAACCAACACAUCCCUGGGGACAACAGCAUUUAUGUCACCAAGAUUAUUGAUGGAGGAGCUGCGCAAAAAGAUGGGAGGUUGCAGGUUGGAGAUAGACUUCUUAUGGUAAAUAAUUACAGUUUAGAAGAAGUUACCCAUGAAGAGGCAGUAGCGAUACUGAAGAACACAUCAGAUGUAGUGUAUCUGAAAGUUGGAAAGCCCACCACCAUUUACAUGACUGAUCCAUAUGGCCCACCAGAUAUUACUCACUCUUAUUCUCCACCAAUGGAAAAUCAUAUACUCUCUUCCGGAAACAAUGGCACUUUAGAAUACAAGGCAUCUCUGGCCCCUAUCUCACCGGGAAGAUACUCACCCAUUCCAAAGCACAUGCUUGUGGAGGACGACUACACCAGGCCUCCUGAACCUGUUUACAGCACUGUGAACAAACUGUGUGAUAAACCACCUUCUCCUAGGCACUAUUCCCCUGUCGAGUGUGACAAAAGCUUCCUUCUUACAGCUCCCUAUCCCCACUACCACGUAGGCCUGCUCCCUGACUCUGAGAUCACCAGUCAUUCCCAGCACAGCACUGCAACGCGUCCACCCACAGUGAGCUUGCAGCGGACCAUUUCUGUGGAAGGAGAGCCUCGAAAAAUCAUCCUGCACAAAGGCUCCACAGGACUUGGUUUUAACAUUGUGGGAGGAGAAGAUGGGGAAGGCAUUUUCGUGUCUUUCAUCCUAGCAGGCGGGCCGGCCGAUCUCAGUGGAGAACUGCAGCGAGGAGAUCAAAUUUUGUCUGUGAAUGGUAUUGAUCUUCGCGGUGCUACCCAUGAGCAGGCUGCAGCUGCGCUAAAAGGAGCAGGGCAGACGGUAACAAUCAUAGCACAAUACCAGCCGGAGGAGUACGCUCGGUUUGAAGCAAAAAUCCAUGACCUGCGUGAGCAGAUGAUGAAUCACAGCAUGAGUUCUGGGUCCGGCUCCCUGAGGACUAAUCAGAAGAGGUCACUGUAUGUCAGAGCCAUGUUUGACUAUGACAAGAGCAAAGACAGUGGCCUCCCGAGCCAAGGACUCAGUUUUAAGUAUGGAGACAUCCUUCACGUCAUCAACGCCUCGGACGAUGAAUGGUGGCAGGCGAGGAGGGUCACUCUGGAGGGAGACAGUGAGGAGAUGGGAGUUAUACCCAGCAAAAGGAGAGUUGAAAGGAAGGAGCGUGCGCGUUUGAAGACAGUGAAAUUCAACGCAAAACCUGGUGUAAUUGAUGCAAAAGGGUCAUUCAAUGACAAGCGUAAAAAGAACUUCAUCUUUUCACGAAAAUUCCCAUUCUACAAGAGCAAGGAGCAGAGUGAGCAGGAAACAAGUGAUCCAGAACAACAUGUUUCUUCUAAUGCCAGCGAUAGUGAAAGUAGCUACAGAGGCCAAGAAGACUGCAUCCUUUCUUAUGAACCUGUCACAAGACAAGAAAUUAAUUACACCAGGCCGGUUAUUAUUCUGGGUCCUAUGAAAGAUCGGAUCAACGAUGACUUGAUAUCUGAAUUCCCUGAUAAGUUUGGGUCGUGUGUACCACAUACCACACGGCCAAAGCGUGACUAUGAAGUGGAUGGAAGAGAUUAUCAUUUUGUCAUUUCAAGAGAACAAAUGGAAAAAGACAUCCAAGAGCACAAAUUUAUAGAAGCUGGGCAGUACAACGAUAAUUUAUAUGGAACUAGUGUCCAGUCUGUGAGAUUUGUGGCAGAAAGGGGCAAGCACUGUAUACUCGAUGUGUCAGGAAACGCUAUCAAACGACUACAAGUUGCACAACUCUAUCCCAUCGCUAUCUUCAUUAAGCCUAAAUCAUGGGAACCUCUGAUGGAAAUGAAUAAACGUCUUACAGAGGAGCAAGCGAAGAAAACCUAUGAUCGAGCAAUUAAAUUAGAACAAGAAUUUGGAGAAUAUUUUACAGCUAUUGUCCAAGGAGAUAGCUUAGAAGAUAUAUAUAAUCAAUGCAAACUUGUAAUUGAAGAACAAUCUGGGCCUUUCAUCUGGAUUCCUUCAAAGGAAAAAUUAUAAAUUAGCCACUGCACCUCUGAUUACAAUGGGAGAAUAUUUAGAAGAAAACUAUAAUAUACUAUUUGGAGGCUUUCCUGUUUUUGUUGCAUUUAUGUUCUUUGCAGUCAAUGUGAAUUUUGAUGAAUGUACAACACAAAGUGUUUGAAGCCAUGAAGGACACUGAUGGGUCAAAGGGUAGGAACAAAAAGAUUUCUACCUUAUAAAGCAAAUUUGUUGUGUGCUCAGAGCACCAGUUGUAGGUAUAAACUUUUCACAUGGAGACCCUCUGUCAAGGGGAGCUAGCCACCUCCUGUGCCCAUGUGGACAUUCUGAUCGAUUUCAAUGGCUGAGCUCAGUGUGUUGAUUGCUUUAAAGAGAAGUUCCCAGCUCUUGAACCUCAUAUAGGGCUUGAUCCUGCAAGGCGCUCAGCACUUGACCCCAGUUCCUACACAUGAGUAGCCCGCUGACUUGGAGCCCCUUGUGAUCCUUCCCUAUGUCAUUCAGUCCCAUCACUUCCAGUAGGACUAUUCAUGUGCUCAAAGCCAAGCACAGGCUUAAGCAUUUUGCUAGAUCAGGGCCACACGCACCUUGCAAAAUCAAGCUCAGAGUACCUGGUCCACUUCCUACUGAAGUCACUGGUGGGAUGCUCUUUGACUUGACUGGGAGGUGGGUCCUAUUCCAAGCUUGUCAUUGCACAUUUGUAGUUGGUACUCCUCGACUUUGGUAACUAUGCACAUCUUUUGAUUUCUGAAACCCAGUCAAGCAUUUCUUUUCUCCCCUUUGGAAACACUAUUGCAUCAGGAACUAACAAUAUAGUUUAUUUUAGUGGAGUUUGGGGGUGGGAGAGGAUGGAAGCAUUUCACAUCACACACACGUGCACACAAACACAUUCCCAUGCGGACACACGCAUGUAUGAGGAUUCACAGCACCUAUGUUGACAAGGAGGGAUACAACUGGGAAAAGCUUUAAAAUUUUUGAUUGUCUAUUUUAUCAUUUAUAUUGAUAGAAGGCACUUAAAGAUGGAAUAAUUUAUAAAAAUAAAAAUAUAUUGAUGUAUAGAAACUAAUUUCUAUAGGUAAAAAUGUUUUUGUGAGAUUUUUGUAAAGAUUAAUUAAUUGAAAGAUUAAAUAUUUACACCCUUGUGCGACUGUAAAAUGUAAAGAGGACCAUAAGUUGCAUUAUCCCUUUUCAGUAACAGAUUCUCUAUUAUUAAUGAUGAGCAAGAUAAUUCCUUAAAUUGUAGCUGUCAUCUUGUUUUUCUCUCAAUUUAAUCCUCUCCCUUGCCUCUAUUUAAUCACGAUGAACUCCUGUGGAAAGAUCUCUUGAACUGACCGCCCCAUAGGACCUUUUCUGAACAGAAAAGGAUAAUGCAUCUUUAAAUUGAAAUGGACAAUUUUUCAGAAGUAAAAUGUCAGUGCUUGAAUGCAGUUAAUAAUUUCUCUUUUGGAGGGAGUCACACUUCACCCCCAAAUGGUUAAUGAUUCUUCCUGUUUCUUUAAAGGAAAUACCAAAAGCGUCUGAUCUUUCCUCUCUUUGCAAGCAGGCAGGUCACCAACUAACUUGUAUCUUCAUUCAUUUCACAGUCAACAAGGGUCCGAAAAGCAAAAACUGAGGCAAUGGACAUUUGUGAGGGAUUUGGGGAAAGUCUGUGGAAUUGCAGUUUCAGGUGCAGGGGAGGGGAGAGGGAGCUAUUUUUUUCUCGUUUCACAUUGCCCUUCCUUUGUAUACUGAUGCCAUUCUUCACUGCCACACACGGGGACUGCUGCGGGGAGGUGUUACGAUGGUAAACUGAAUGGCUUUUGCUGCUGCUGGACCAAGUCUUCUACAAAACCCACUCUCCUGCCUGCUGCGCCGCAGGAGUCUGAUGCUUACCAGCUGGUGGCUAGAGUAACCCUAAUGCUUAAGGACAUUUUAAGGGCAAAUGCUUAAAUAGACUCCUCAGUUACUUGUCUAUUUGAAGCUUACAUUUCUACACCCUGUCAAGCUGACAGGUAUCUCCAGCCAACCUCCGCAGACAGCGUGACUAGCUGGAUGUUUGCAAUAUAGCCACCAGCAGUGACAGGGUUAAAACUACGGGCAUUUUAGUGGCCCUGAGGUGGCCCCUCACUUACUGCCCUACUAUGGUAACUUUGAGAAGUUCACACUUCUUUAACUACUAUUUUUCUUGCCUGGCCAGCGCAGAGUUGUAAAGGAGGGUUUCAGUGAAGUCUUCAAAAGCGCUUUGUAACCAGAAGGGCUAGAAACUUUUUUUUUUUUUUUUUACAAAAUAUAAACAAAUGAAAGCUUCGAUUUUGGAUAAUUCUGCAGAAAUCCACAGAGUGACCCCAGAUCUUUGGAAGCUAUGGAUUUUCCAUGCUGGCAAAGUACUAUUGCCCCAGGUUGGGAAAUAACCCACCAGACCUGAAAAACCAAGUAUCCUAAAGCAGGAACUUCAUUUUAAUUUUCAGCUCUGUUUUUAAGCAAUCAAUCACAUCUGCUUCUUUGUUUCUUAGUUCAGCAUGCAGCCUUUUACGGUACUAUCCUACUAGCAACUGUUUUGCUUUGUCAUGUGCUGUGCUUUACGGUGAACAGUAACACUAUGGCUGAGUACAAUCAAUUUUUCCAUCAGUCCUUGGUUACUGUAGUAACAUUAUUUAUUUUUCCCUGUCUGUUGUUUGUGCUUCCAGUUUAGAGUUGCCAUUGCACUUCUUUUUUUUUUUUUUUUUUUUUUUUAAUAAAACAUAUAUUUAAAAACAAAUCACAAAGAGAAACAGUGCAAGGUCUUAUUUCCCUUAGGACUUGUACUCCCAUUUGUUUUGUGCGUUGACAUUUUGUGUUUCAUGUUUCAGCAUCCUCAGAGCUGCCACUCAUUUUUGCAUUGCAGCUGUUCAGAUCAUACUGGGUGGUAGUGGGAGGAGGAAGAGAAACAUAAGAUUCAUGCAAAAUUAUAUCUGGUGGAAAAAAAAAAAGCCCAACCUCACAACCAAACAGCAAUUGGCACCUGAGACCAUAU